AUGGGAAGACGCUCACGUUCGCCAUCUCCCUGGCGGAAAGGCAGUGAUAGCCGCCAUCGUUCGGAGAGAGAUCGUGAAACAUACACGACAAGAGUUAGUGACAGCAUGAAAUAUGCGGACGAUCGUAACGACUCGAGAUACAAACGACGCAGAACCCCGAGUCCUAGUGAUAUUGACUCAGAACGUAGGGGAAAAGAUGAGAGUAUGGGCAGGGAUACAGAUAAGAAGGAGAAAAGGCGAAAGCGCGACAAAUCAGAGGAGCGGAAAGCAAGGAAGGCGGAAAAGAGGAGAAUAAAAGAGGAAGAGGAGGCUCGCCAAGUCGCCGAGCUCAGUGUAUACAGCGCGACGGACAAUCCUUUCCAUGACGUCAAUCUUGGACAACAAUUCCGCUGGCACAAGAAGAACGAGAAGGAGAGGAAACAAGGGCUCUCGUUAGCUGACUCGCAGCGGAGAGACGCUGCUAGGAGACAGGAGGCGAAGGAAGAAUUGGAGAGGCUCAACCGUCGCCGUGCUGAACGAGAGGCUGAACUCCGGCUCCGGGAAGAGGAAGAACUGAGGAUGUCAAGGCUUCAGGAAUCUGCUCAAAUGUCGGAAUGGCUAUCGAAAGAUGGUGAUUUCCAGUUGGAGCAGGAGCGUCGAAGGGCAGCCAUUCGAAUCAGGGAGAAGCGUGCCAAAGCCAUCGACUUUCUUGCUCUAAAUCUCAAAUAUGUCAACCCUUCAAGUCAAGAUGACGAGGAGGCUGAACAUGAAGAUGCUGGUCUUGAAAUCGACCUAGAUGAGCCAUACAACAUCUUUGACAGCUUAUCAGCAGAGCAAACUUAUGAACUCCAUGACGACGUGGAGCGUUACUUGGCUCUUGAGGACUCUGAAACAAAUCUUGACUUUUGGACGAACAUGAUGGUUGUGUGCAAGGACCGCCUCGAGCGAAUUCAGGCAAAUGAGCGAAUGGGAGUUGAAGCGGCUGCCGCGGUAGAAGCUGACAUUACUGCUUUACUGUCAGGGAAGUGCUACGACGAUCUAGUUGGGCUUCAACGUAAAGUUCAAGAAAAAUUGUCAAGUGGAGAACCCUUGGAUACUGAUUACUGGGAAAGUUUGCUGAAAAAACUAUUGGUUUGGAAGGCGAAGGCCAAAUUGAAAGCUCUACAUGAGGUUGUCGUUCGCAACAGACUGGAACAACUUCGCAAACGUCAACGCGACGAGGCAUUCCAGGCCCAAGAAGAGCUGCUGGCUGGUGUUGCGAAAGCCGCGUCCACGAGGUCAAAUGCUCCUCUGGACGUAAUUGUCGAUGUAGAAAUGAGCGAUGAAAUUGUUGAGGACAUGGAGCCCUACGAUCGCGCGAUGAGUCCAAGUCUGUUGGACAUCACUAAAUUAUCUUCUGAUGAUCGUCAAAUCGACAUCAUACUGGAGGAGGACGAUCGCCGUAAUUUGUAUCAACAACGUCGCACAGUCGCCGCUUCCAGGUUUGUUCCGAAGGCUGCACAACCUGCAGCAACAGAAGUCGAAACCGAAGAAGCAUCUAGCGGCGCAGAUCUCGCCUCUGAGGCUUUGUACAGGGCUGAGGCAGAGAAAGAUCUCGACGAGGAGGAAGAACUUUUUAAUCUGGAGGAGAACAUCGUUAAUCCAACCACAUACAACUGGGAAGACAAAUAUCGGCCACGCAAGCCGAGAUACUUCAAUCGCGUCCAUACGGGCUACGAGUGGAACAAAUAUAACCAGACGCAUUACGACACCGACAAUCCCCCUCCCAAGGUAGUUCAGGGAUAUAAAUUCAACAUAUUUUAUCCGGACCUCAUCGACAAGUCGAAAGCUCCAACAUACAAAAUCGUCAAAGAGGCAGGAAACGAUGAAACCGUACUUCUCCACUUCAGUGCUGGCCCGCCUUACGAAGACAUUGCUUUUCGAAUCGUCAAUCGAGAAUGGGAGUUCUCACACAAACGCGGAUUCCGGAGCAGCUUCGAUCGUGGCUGUCUAUCUCUGUGGUUUAACUUUCGUCGUAAUGUCAGUAAAAUCGCUUUCACGAUCAAUAUGCCCAUUGAUAGCUUGACAGUUUUAUCGCAAAUGAUCUGUUUAUCCUGUUUUACGCGUCGUGGGCGGUGGUCUCUAUCGCUCCUUUUCCCGAUCUCACGACUGCGAUGA